AUGGCAGGAAAACAACACUAUAAAGUCUUAAAAGGAGAUAUGGGGCAAGCACAAGAGUCGAAAAACAAGAAACGUUGUAUAUUCCACGAUAUCGAUGGUCAUAAUCUAUCAGAGUGCAAAACGUUCGCACGGAAAACGCUUCAGGAAAAAACAGACUGGUUGAAAAGAGCUGGACUAUGUUUUCGAUGCCUGACACAAAAACAUCUAGCAAGAGACUGCAAAACAGAAGUGAAUUGUACGAAGUGCGGCAGUAAUCGCCACCUCGAGAUACUGCACAUGGAGAAGAAAAUAAUGAAGGAGGAGGAGAAAGAAGAAGUAAAAUCAGCCUGCACGGACAUUUCGCCAACGUCUAUUGAAGGGGUCUCAUGCAGCAAGAUCGUUCUGUUAGACGUUUUUCAUCCAAAAACACCACAAAAUAUAGUAAAAGUUUACGCAUUGAUUGACGAACAAAGCAACGCGUCUUUGAUUGCUCCAAAGCUCGUCGACGAUCUCGGACUGGAAGGACCAAAAGAGAAGUAUUGUCUAACCACGUGUAGUUCAUCAAAAGAAACCCACUAUGGCCGUCGCGUCUCUGGACUAACAAUAACAUCCUCGGACGGAGUUUUAAUGAAAUUACCAAGAUUAGUUGAAUGCGACAAUAUACCCUCCGAUAAACGCGAGAUCCCAAUACCUGAACAAGUUAGAAGGUACGGUCAUCUUCGUGAAGUAGCAGACAAAUUACCUCCAUUAAAAUCGGAAGCUGAAGUCCAAUUACUAAUUGGUCGUGAUGCACCCGAGAUAAUGAAAGUUAGGGAAGUCCGCAAUGGGCCGAAAGGAGCUCCGUGGGCGCAUAGGUUGGCUGUUGGCUGUACCAUAUGUGGUCGAAUGUGUGUCAACCGUCAAGGAGGACCUAUUCACAUUACGACUCACCGAACCGUCGUCCGCGAUUUAUCCAAUAAACUUGAGGAUGGUGUUCAAGUUCAUUCACAAACAAAGGUUAAUCAUCCAUACCAAACCUUGUACACUGAAUAUUUAUCAUGCCCAAAUAAGUUAGAGGUGAAAGACUGCUACGAUGAACCAGAAGAUGUUGUUUUCCAGACUACAGUUCGUGAUAAUGAACCAAGCUUGUCUAUCGAAGAUCGACGAUUCCUAACACUUAUGGACGAAGCAAUCCACAAAAACGAGAAAGGGAACUGGGAAAUGCCAUUGCCUCUUCGCAACUUGGAUGUAAAGUUUCCAAACAACCGAAAACAAGCAGAAAGUCGUAUGAACAAUUUAUUACAAUCAUUCAAGAGAAAACCGAAAAUGGAAAAGGACUACCUGGAAUUUAUGGAAAAAUUGCUAGAACGGGGUCAUGCUGUCCCUGUGCCAUCCAUUGAUUCCACGAAUGAAGUAACGAAUCCCGAGAAGGUUUGGUAUCUUCCUCAUUUCGAAGUCUACCAUCCGAGGAAACCAGGCAAGAUUCGCGUGGUGUUCGACUCAUCCGCAGAAUUCCAAGGUUCAUCGCUGAACAAAGAACUGCUGUCAGGUCCAGACAUCUUGAACAAUCCUCUCGGAAUACUCAUUCGAUUCAGGCUAAACCACGUCGCAGUUGUCUGCGACAUAGAACAGAUGUUCCAUAACUUUUACGUUAGCCCUACGCACCGAAACCUUUUACGAUUUCUCUGGUUUGAAGGGAACGAUAAAACAAAGAAGAUUAUUGAAUAUCAUAUGACAGUGCACCUGUUCGGAAACACUUCCAGCCCAUCUGUCGCGAUGUUCGGUCUUAGAAAGACAGCUGAUGAUGGUGAGGAGAAAUUUGGUCAAGUCGCCAAAGAAUUUGUUAAAAAUGAUUUUUAUGUUGAUGACGGUUUAACCUCGUGUUCAACCAGCAAAGAAGCAAUUGACCUUAUUAAGAACUCACAGUCAAUGCUGGCAACCGCAAACCUUCGUCUACAUAAGAUCGCCUCAAACUCAACGCAAGUGAUGGAAGCUAUACCACUGGAAGACCGGGCUGAGAGCCUUCGAGACCUUGAUCUUUAUCGUGAUCCUCUACCAUCGCAACUUUCCUUAGGUAUAGUCUGGAAUCUACAAAAAGAUACCAUAUCCUUCAGAAUUUCUUUACCCGAGAAGCCUUUCACUCGGCGUGGUGUCCUAGCAGUAAUUAAUUCUAUCUACGAUCCCCUGGGACUUGCUAUUCUAGUCACCUUAACUGGAAGGUUAUUAUUGCGCCACCUUACCACGUCAAUAAUUGCAAACCCGUCCCUAGGUUGGGAUGAUCCACUUCCCAUUUCCUUACAAAGAAAAUGGCAAAAUUGGAAGGAAUCACUCGCGAUACUCGCAGAAACUUACGUGCCAAGAUGUUUUCUCCAAGAGAAGACGUCUCAGAUAAAGAAAGCAGAGAUCCACGCCUUUUCAGAUGGCAGCGAUCUUGCAAUUGGCAUCGCAGUCUACUUAAAGUUGACAAAUCAAUCUGGAGAAAUCAAGGUCUCAUUGGUAUUUGCUCAGGCAAAAUUGGCACCAAAACGAGCAACAACGAUCCCAAGACUUGAACUUUGUGCCGCCGUCCUCGCAGUCAAAGCAGUUAAAUGGAUCACUCAUGAGCUGAAGAUAAAGAUAGACGAGAUAUUCUUCCAUACUGAUUCAAAAGUAGUCCUUGGAUACCUCCAGAACGAAAGCAAACGCAUCUAUGUUUAUGUCGCCAAUAAGAUUCAAGUUAUUCGGACUGGGUCGGAUCCUUCACAAUGGCAUUAUGUGAAGUCAUCAGAGAACCCUGCGGACAUGGCCACAAGGGGAAAACCAGCCAAAGACUUGUUGGAUUCGAUUUGGUUCACUGGACCACAUUUUCUGAGGAACAGUAGUUUUUCUGAACCUUCCUUAGCUGAAAUCGAUCCCAUGGAGUACGACGUAAGCUCAAACGACCCAGAGGUUCGUACUCAAGUCACUCGUUUUACAGUUAAACCUUCUACAACUCAAGGACUAGGAUCCGAACGAUUCAAAAGGUUUUCCAAGUUGUCGUCUCUACGAAAAGCUAUCGCAAACUUGAUCAUCCGAAUUAAGCGUGUCAAAACCAACAACCGAGAUUCAAUAUCUAGCCGACGUUCCAACGCUCUUCUCCUCAACGCAACAGAUCUUACAAAACAUCCUACCGCCGCGGAACUGAAACAAAGUGAGGAAAUACAAACAAAACUGUUCAAAUAG